GUGUAUGUUUAGCAACAGGAUCGAUAGGACACCUGCCAUUACCAUCAGAAGUCAGAGUUAAAAGUUUAAUCAUGGACCCCUUUACCAGUGCCCAGGACGUGAUGAGAUGUGACCUGUGUGAGACCGCUGUGGUACAGAUGCAUUGUGAUACAUGUCUUGUCAACCUGUGUAAGGCCUGUGUGGGAGAACAUGCUUCAGCUGAUCUCUCAAAACCUCAUAAAAUUGUUGAUUUCAAGGACAGAAAAUCUACACCCCCCUUCCCUGAGUGUACAUCACAUGUUAAAAGCCGAUGUAAAAUGUACUGUAAGCACUGUAACUUUCCUGUUUGCAAUAAGUGUAUUGCAUCUGAUCAACAUUUAGGUCAUAAAUUAUCAGAAAUAUUGGAAGUUUUAAAUGAAAGAAAAGACAAGGUAACCAAAGAUCAAACUGAAUUAAAUGAUGUAAUUUAUCCAACCUACCAGGACAUUGCCUCUGAUGUACAAAACAGAAUGAGUCAGUUAGAAAAGGAAUAUGGAGAUCUCUCAACAGCCAUAACAAAACAUGGAGAGGACUGGCACAGAGAAAUUGACAAACUUGUCAAGUCAAGAAACUUAAAGCUGAAGUUGAUGCCAUGAAAAACACACAGUUCCGAACUUUACAGAAACAUCUGGAUGAAAUAAACGAGAAAAUUAUUGAAAUCAAGGAUGAAAUCCAAUCAAUUGAUAAAGCUUUUACUUCUCGUGAUAUUUCAAAACUAUUAAGCGCUACAUUCAAUGUAGAUAGAUAUAAACAGCUACCCCAUCAAAUUAUUCUCUCCUCAUCCUCAUUCACUCAGGAAAAAAUCAAUGGAGAGCAACUUAGUAAGCUGUUUGGAGCUUUAUCAUUAACUUCCCUUUCUAUAGAAAAGAAUGGCUACAGCAUGAAGGAGAUACAUCAGAAAUCAGAUGAAGCUGGAAACUCUCCUCCUGUCAAACAGCUGCUUGAUGAACCAGAGACUGUCACCACCAUAGACACUGGGUAUAGAGAACUUUACAAUGUGGCCUGUCUGAGUGAUGAAGAAAUCUGGACAAGUGGAGAAGACUACAACAUGACACUCUUCAGCAUCAAUCAGGGAUCACUACUCAAGUCAAUCAGAACCAAGUCAGAGAAAAGACCAUGGGACAUUGCAGUGACAAAAAGUGGAGAUCUAGUUUAUACUGAUUACAGUGAUAGAACUGUGAACAUUGUGAAGAAUAAGAAGAUAGAGGAGGUGAUCAGACUACAGAACUGGAAACCUGCAGGUGUCUGUAGUACCUCCUCUGGUGACCUCCUGGUUAUCAUGAGCAGUGAUGAUUACAAACAAACAAAAGUUGUCUGUUACUCUGGCUCCACAGAGAAACAAACCAUUCAGUUUGAUGAUAAAGGUAAACCUUUCUUUUCCCAUGGUCCCUAUCGUAGAUAUAUUACUGAGAACAGGAACCUGGAUAUUUGUGUGUCUGACAUUGGAGCUGGAGCAGUAGUGGUGGUCAAUCAGGUCGGGAAACUGAGAUUCAGGUACACUGGACAUACUCCUGCUCCAAAGAACAAAUCAUUCAAUCCAAGAGGAAUCACCACAGACAGUCAGAGUCACAUCCUUACAGCUGAUAUUAACAAUGACUGUGUCCACAUUAUAGACCAGGAUGGACAGUUCCUCCGUUACAUAGACUGUGGACUGGUUUAUCCCGAUGGACUGUGUACAGAUACAAAUGACAAUCUGUUUGUUGUUCAAGUUAUGAACCAACAAGUGAAGAAAAUCAAAUAUCUGCAGUGA